GCUGAUAUUGAACAGUAUGAUUUGAUCUUUCAGCUCUUCCCAGUCUCGCAGCUGUGUAUGUGUUUGGAUCAGUCGGUGUUGUGUUACUGAACUCUGUUGCUCUGAUGAUUGAACUGAUCCUCAAAACAGUUAAUGGUGAAGGAGCGACGGGAGACAUGAGGAUCAUCGUCUUCUCCUCUGAAUUACUCUUCACUUUAAUUCUGGUGAUUUUAAUGGUAUUUGAACCCUGGAUCACACCAUGUCUUCAGUCUUGUACGAAAGCAAUGCAGUCUCGUCGAGCUGCAGCCGCUGGAUCACAGAAUCAGGAAUCUCAGAACGCAGCAGCAGAUUCAGCCACUGGAUCGAACCAGAACCAGAGCCAGAACCAGAACCAGAACCAGAACCAGAACCCAGCAGAAGCACAUGAGAUGAGUCCUCUACUGAACACACAAAACCAGGAGAACAGCAGGAGCACCGGGACGGAGGAAGCUCAGCCGGAUUCAGUGGUUUCACAAUCAUAAUCAACAGUCAGAGAAAAACACUUGUGAGGAGCUUUUAACUGAGAUUUAAGAGUUCAGUCUCAUUCUUCAUCUGUUAUUGAGGCCGUUAUUUAAUGUGUGUUUGCUGUAAAUAUAUACAGGAUGUCUUUAUAUUGA